CAUGCGCAAAGGGAAAAGAACGUGCGACGGAGUUUCCUUCCGACGUUUAUUUGCGGCGCCGCCGGUGGCGUAAUUCGAGCUCCCGAAUCUUGCCGCCGUUUGAACUUCCCGCCGGGGAGAACUGCGAAGAGCCGCGGCCUAGUCCUGAGGGGGAAACUGACAGGGCGGCUACAGUUCAGAGAGCUCCGGCCAUAACGACCCCACUUCCCGCGCUUGGGAAGGGGCGGGUGUCUCCUUUUCCCCCUCGCCGCCGUCAUGUCGGCGGGCUUCUCCUUCGGAGCCGGGACUCUGCCUUCGGCUACCGCAGCUGCUGCUGGUACUGGAGGCGGCGGCGGAGGGGGCUUCUCGUUUGGAGCCACCCCGAGCUCAACUGGAGGGCUUAACUUUGGGACAUUGGGCUCAACAGCUACAGCAACUACAACCGCUUCAUCGGUAGGCUUUGGAACUGGACUUUUUAGCUCAAAACCUGCCACUGGUUUUACAUUGGGAGGGGCUAAUACAGGAACAGCAACCACCAUGGCUACAGCAUUGACACUAGGCACACCUGCUUCUACUUCUGCAAGUACCCCAGGACUUAGUCUAGGAUUCAGCAAACCUGCAGGAUCAGCCACACCAUUUGCUUUGCCUAUCUCUUCUGCCACCUCUGGCCUCUCACUUUCUUCUGCUCUUGCAUCUGCUCCAGCAACAGGGUCCACUGGGUUUACGCUGAAUUUGGGAGGCACAGCUGCUCCAACCACAACGGUAUCCACAGGACUUUCUCUUGGAGGAGCCUUAGCUGGUUUAGGAGGGACACUCUUCCCAAAUGCAAGCUCAGCUACAGGGCUCGGACAGAAUGCUUUCGGUUUGACUCUAGGGGCGGCUGCAGCACCUGCUACUACAGUUAAUGAAGGUCUGGGUGGCAUAGACUUCAGUAGUUCUUCAGAUAAAAAGAGUGACAAAACAGGAACAAGACCAGAGGAUAGUAAAGCCCUGAAAGAUGAAAAUCUACCUCCAGUAAUCUGCCAGGAUGUAGAAAAUCUUCAGAAGUUUGUAAAAGAGCAGAAGCAGGUCCAGGAAGAAAUUAGUCGAAUGUCCUCCAAAGCAAUGCUCAAAGUGCAGGAAGACAUUAAAGCUUUGAAACAACUUUUAUCAGUCGCUGCCAGUGGAUUACAGAGAAACACUCUUAAUAUUGAUAAGCUGAAAGUGGAAACUGCUCAGGAGCUUAAAAACGCUGAAAUAGCAUUAAGAACACAGAAAACGCCACCUGGCCUUCAACAUGAAAAUUCAGCACCAGCAGACUACUUCAGGAUCUUGGUUGAACAGUUUGAAGUACAACUGCAGCAGUACAGACAACAAAUUGAAGAACUGGAAAACCAUCUUGCCACCCAGGCAAACAAUUCCCAUAUAACCCCACAAGAUUUAUCCAUGGCUAUGCAGAAAAUCUAUCAGACAUUUGUAGCUUUAGCUGCACAACUUCAAUCAGUACAUGAAAAUGUGAAGAUGCUCAAAGACCAGUAUCUUGGUUACAGAAAAACCUUUUUGGGGGAUGCUGUGGAUGUGUUUGAGGCAAGGCGAGCGGAAGCAAAGAAGUGGCAGACGGCCCCACGUGUUACUACUGGACCGACCCCUUUCAGCAGCAUACCAAAUGCCGCAGCCGUUGCCAUGGCUGCAACACUUACCCAGCAGCAACAGCCUGCUACAGGGCCACAGCCGUCUCUGGGAGUUAGUUUUGGAACGCCAUUCGGUUCAGGUAUUGGCACUGGCUUGCAAUCAAGUGGCUUAGGGUCUUCAAGCCUUGGAGGGUUUGGAAGUAGCUCUGCUUUUGGAAGCAGUGGCACGGGUGCACCAUCUUUUGGAUUUGGAGCUGCAAAUAAGCCUUCAGGAAGCCUUAGUGCAGGCUUUGGCAGUUCGAGCACAUCUGGGUUUAACUUCAGCAAUCCUGGCAUCACGGCAUCUGCUGGCCUGACUUUUGGGGUGUCCAACCCAGCCUCUGCAAGUUUUGGCACAGGAGGACAACUUCUCCAGCUGAAGAAACCCCCAGCUGGGAACAAGAGGGGGAAAAGAUAAAUGUGAAGG